AGAGUUUUUUAAUGCCUAUAAAUACUCGCAUACCACCUUUCAAAACUCGCAAACACAAACACAAACACAAACACAAACACAAGCAAAUUCUCUAUUAGCUUUUUUCGAUUACCAUGGCGAUCAUCGAAGAAUUCUCCGACGAAGGUCAAAACGACAAUGUCGGAACAAACCAGGUCGAAACAAACAAGGCACAAGACGAGAAAAAACCAGAAAAGAAUGUCGAGAAGGAGAAAAAAAACCUGCUUGUUCCCAACAAUGGCAAUGGUCUUGACAUGGAAGACCAUUCAUGGACUCAAACACUCGAAGAACUCACACUGACCAUUCCAGUUCCACCGGGAACAAAAUCAAGAAACAUCGUCUGUGAAAUAAAGAAAAAAUCUCUAAAAGUUGCAUUAAAGGGUCAAGAAAAUCCAAUUCUUGACGGAGAGCUUUUUGCAACCGUUAAAGUUGACGAUUGUUUCUGGAACUUGGAAGAUAAUAAAAUUAUCUCUGUGCUUAUGACAAAGUUUGACAGGCAAAACUGGUGGAAAUCACUGUUGGUUGGUGGACCUGAAAUUGAUACGCAAAAGGCUGAGCCGGAGCCGAGUCGCCUCGGUGACUUGGAUGGUGAAACCAGGUCGGUUGUGGAGAAGAUGAUGUUUGAUCAGAGACAGAAGCAGAUGGGGCUGAAGACCAGUGAUGAGAUUGAAAAGGAGGGGAUGUUAAAGAAAUUUAUGGCUCAGAAUCCUAACAUGGAUUUUUCUAACAUGAAGAUGAUGUAGAUUGGAUUGCAUUGUUGAGUUUCAGUUUUAGAUUAUUUAGUUCGUUCAUUGUUAAUUAAGUUUUUUCCUGAGUUUUUUCUUUAUAUGUUUUUGUUUUUUUGAAUUUUUGUCAGUCUUUAAUUUGCUUAAUGGAAUUAUUUAUGAUUGCUGAUGAUAUAUUCUUUCAA